AUGACUGAAUCAUUAUUUGAUACCAAUUUUACUUCAGAAGAAAACCAACCAAAACCAACAACUAACACAAAUUCUCAAACUAAUUCAAACGCCACUAAUUCAUCAUCUAAUCAAUCAAAUAUUGUUAAUGGUCAUCAUGAUAAUUCAAAUAACUCAUCAUCAAAUACAAAUUCAAAUCAACGAAACAAUUCCAAAACAUCAGAACAAGAUUCAAAUGGAUAUGACCAAUCUACUUCAUUACCUUCAAUUAAUGAUAAUGCUAAUGUUGAUGCAUUAAUUAAUUAUAGAGUAUUAGUAUCAGCAAAAGAAGCUGGUUGUUUAAUUGGUCAAAAUGGACAAGUUAUUGAUUCAAUAAGAGGUGAAACAAAUACAAAAGCAGGAAUUUCAAAAUUAACUCCAGGAACUCAUGAAAGAAUUUUAACAGUAAGUGGUAAAUUAGAUGAUGCUGCAAAAGCUUUAAGUUAUUUUGCUCAAGCUUUAAUUGGUUCAACAAUUGAAACUUAUAAUUAUUUCCCAUUAAAACAAUUAAGUUCAACUCCUUGUGUUCAGAAUGAAACAACAAUUUUAAGAUUAUUAGUUCCAAAUAGUCAAAUGGGUACAUUGAUUGGUUCAAAAGGAGCAAGAAUUCAACAAAUUCAACAUAAUUUUGGAGUUUCAAUGAUUGCUUCAAAAUCAUUUUUACCAGGAUCAAAUGAAAGAUUAGUUGAAUUACAAGGUACAGUAAAUGAUUUAUAUGAUGCUUUUAGAGUUAUUUCAAGAUGUUUAAUUGAAGAUUUUUCAAGUAGUGUUGGUACAACUUAUUAUAUUCCAAGAAGUCCUCAAUUAACAAGAAAAUCAACUGCAACUAUAAGUUUUCCAAAUGAUAUGGUUGGAGCAUUAAUUGGUAAAAAUGGUUCAAGAAUUCAGGGUGUUAGAAAAGUAAGUGGUGCAAUGAUUGGUAUUAGUGAAGCUACUGAUGGUAAAGAUGAAAGAGUUUUCACUAUAACUGGUACUCAACAAGCUGUUGAAAAAGCAAAAGGUUUAUUAUAUCAUAAUUUAGAAAGAGAAGAACAAAGAAGAGCAGAAUUUAAUGAAUAA